CCCUCUCCCUCUCCCUCCUUCCUUUCGGUGUCUAUCACACCCACAAACUCACCUCCACCCUCCCUCUUAACUCCCUUCCCCUCUCCCUCUCCCUCCUUCCUUUCGGUGUCUAAAACUCACCUCCACCCUCUCUCCUCCCUCCAGUAUGGACAGAGGGGAGUGGGUUGAGAUCAUAGAACCUCAGUCGAAGGAUAAGAUGUUUGCAAACCCCUCCACUGGGGAGAUAUUACUACAGCCUCCGCACGGAGCCACCGUGAAGCCGGUGUCACUGAAUCAGUGGUGGGAGCUCUAUGACCAGAGCUCCGAUCGUAACUACUACUACAAUGCUAACACAGAGGACACAGUGUGGGAGAGACCUACAGGAGAUGCUGACAUCAUCCCUCUCUCUAAGAUACAGUCGACACCGGAGAGUAGCGACGAUCACGACUACCAAAACCUUCCCACACAAAAUGGACAUGAUCCACUGACAGAAGAUGAACAGAAGUCGCGGAAGUUGUCAGAAGUUUUUGCUCACAGUCCUCUAGCAAUGGAGGUUGGUGGAGGAGAUGCAUCAUUCACCUAUCCUACCAGCCACAAGCAGGACACUCCUUCUUCACCCUCUUCCAGACAUCCAGCCAACUCCUCGCUGCUGGACGGGACCAGCGACAGUCUCGGGAGCGUGGGCGUCCACUCCUCGACCACCAGGGAGAGAGCUAGGACAACACACAACGACACGGGCAUGGGGUCCAGCAUCAACGAGAGCCCCGGCAGUCCGAGACACCACGCCCACGAGGAGAGACACACCCCCACUUCUCUCGGCAGUCCCCACAGAGUAGUAGUGACUCCAAACUCACCCUUCUCAGAAGAAGAAGUUUUCAAGCAGCAAUCCCGGUCCCCAUCAUACCCCUCCUCCAACUUACGCUCACCUUAUAAUGACAGAGAAGCAGAGCUGAUGAAGUCAAGGACGCUGGAUCUUCCCCGCGACAAGAGAAAGGCAGCCGGCGGAGUGAGGAAGAGACUCGGGUCAAACCCAAACCCCGCCCCCUCACCCCCCACACCUCCUGCCAGACCGGCAUCUAUGAAGAGGACAAAGAGCAAGAGCAAGAGCCCCGCCCAUGCACCCAAGAACCCGCCCCCUCCUCCACCCAUGCACAAGACUGUCAGUGUGGACACCGCCCUAUCAGACAAGUCCUCCAGCCCCAGCUCUAUACCAAUAGCACCUCCGCUCCACCUCAAACACCCGAUGGUGGGUGGGGCUAUGCUGACGGCCGCUGGGACCCCCCUGGAGGCCUUCAAGGACCUGGAGACUCACCGGACGGGCUUCUUCAGGAAGAAGGUCACCAUCGCCAACAUGCUCGCCUGGACUAAGGACUCCAUCAAGCGGCCAAUGAUCAUAACCAGAGACAAGCAGCAGAAAAAGGAGGCAGUCGAGCUGUUUAAGAACGUCCAGCAGUAUAUGGGAGACAGGCAAGGGAAGACGAGAGUGAAGGAGUUGGACAAGUUGGCUCUCACGAUCUGCUCCAAGUGUUGGGAGAAGAAAGGACUCCGAGACGAGCUGUACAUCCAGCUCUGCAGACAAACUACCGGCAACUAUAACCCUAAAAGUCUAGAAAGAGGCUGGGAACUGUUUUCCAUCGCUCUUGCCUUCUACCCACCAACAAUAAAAUUCCGAUCAUACCUAGAAGGGUUUCUAUGGAAACGCGUGGAACCAUUGCCCGAAAACAAAGGAUGUCCAGUGGAGGUGUAUGCUCAGUACUGCCACAAGAGAGUGGAGAAGAUGGUUCAGUCUGGGGCAAAGAGGGGACUCAAGAAACCCUCCCUGGAGGAGGUCAAUCAUGCCAAGAGUGCUCCGUUCCAUCCUCCAGUGUUUGGAGCGUCACUGGAUGAGGUGAUGGAGCUACAGGGAGAGACACAUCCCCAUCUCCCCAUCCCCUGGGUGGUCACCGCGCUCUGCGACGUCAUACUCGCUCUCAAGGGACCUCAGACUGAGGGAAUCUUUAGAGUCCCCGGUGACAUAGACGAGGUGAAUGCCCUCAAACUGAAGGUGGAGAAAGGGGAUAUCCCAAUGGAGAGUUUGAAAGACCCACACGUCCCUGCCUCCCUACUCAAACUGUGGUUCAGAGAACUGGAAGAGCCCCUCAUCCCCGAGGAGUACUAGUAUCCUUCAGUAUACUCCUGUAUAGCUCUGUAUUCUCUAGUAUACUGUGGUUUAGGGUGCUGUCAAUACUGUGACAUAGUUUUCAGGAUAUUUUAGCAUACUGCGGCCCACGUAGCUGCUCUAGUAUACUGUGACCUAUGUAGCUGUGAGGAUACAUUUUCAAGCAUACUGUGACUUAGUUGUCACGAUGCUGUGAGCUACAUACAUAGCUAUUAUAGGGUACCCUGUAGUCUAUGGUCUCUUAUGGAUGCUUGUGAGUUUUGCAGUCGUACUGCAUACCCUGUAGUAUUUUUGUUUGCUGGAUUUGCUCAAUUCCCGAUUCCAAAAAUAUUCACGCCCCAGUGUUCUGGUGCAUGGUCAAUGGCCAUAGUGCUAUGGCUGCUAUUUGAGUAUUAUUGAAGUGAGAAGUGAGCAUAAUGUGAGAAUAAUAAUUAUAGUUGAGGUGUCUGUGUUAUAUCCUGAGCCCUGUGGCACCAGUGAGGAGUGUAUAGCCAACUGUAACCACCCGCACAACGCCGUGUCUCUGGUCGACAGUCUUCCUGAGCUCAACAAACAGGUCCUCUUCUUCCUCCUCCGCUUCCUCAAGAACUUUAUAAGGCCAGAGAACAUCAAGAAGACAAAGAUGGGUCUAGAGAACAUCUCCAUGGUCUGGGCCCCCAACUUCCUCCGUUGCCCUAGCGACGACCACACCCUCAUCUUCCAGAACACGAGAAUGGAAAUGGCAUUUCUCCGUCUCCUCCUGAAACACUUGGACCUAGACAAAACUCCUCCCACUUCCUCUCCCUAGCCACGCCCUCUCGUUUUUCCUAUACCAUGUAUAAUACCUACGUUGUUUUCACAGCAGAUGUGUGUUUAUUAUAGUGUGUGACUAUUCUCUGUUGUUUGUUUUGCCUACAUGUUUCCAUAUUAGAGUUGUUUGUGAUCCUAAUUAUUUACAACACCUAUAGCUACUUCUUUUCUGGCUUGUUGUAUUAUAGUAGGGCAGUUUUAAUCCUUUCAUGCACGUGUGUACAGGGUUAAAAAAUUUGCUGUUCUGCUGUUUUAUUCUGUUGGCUAGGGGUUAAAUUUUUGGUUGGCAUACACAAACCACACGUCAUGGACUGAAUAAUUAGAGCUAAUUUUCGACAUUUUUAGCACAUUUUGACAAAAUGCUGUUGAAUUUCUUCACAUUCUGUUAUAUAUUAUAGCUGCGUAUACAGCUGUGUUUACUCGUAUUCGUUUGGGAAAAUUACUUCCAAUUGCAAGCUAAACUUCAAAUGAAUGUACAGUUAUGAUACAACAGGCAAAUUUUAAAAAAAACUGAGACCGCAGUGAAAAGAAUGACAUAAUUGCGACAAUAAAAUAACGGUGAUGUAAUCCUAAGUGAGCCCCAGUACGGUCCUGGUGUAGGGAGAAAGGAUGGGGUCAACUGAAGAGCUGCAGAGGUCAAUGGUGUUCUGCUCGGCGAAAAACUGGCAUAGGUCCGGUUCCGUCUGAACACAUGAGAUGAACUGCUCGAAGGUGAUGUACCAUUUCGCCUCGUCUUCCCUCUGCCUUGUACCUCCUCCGCCAAACUGUCCAGAGGAGGAAGAGGAGGGUUGGAGCUGGGAGGUAGAAGGGUCGAAGAGAGAGAGCGAAGUCGAGUUUCUGUGGGUCGAGGUGUCUUGCGAUGACAAAGGUGGCGUGUGCUGUGGUACCGAGUUAUCGGGGUCUGGAAUGGGGGAAUGGGAAUCUGCCUCUGGAACGGGAGACUGGGAAUCGGGAAGGCCAUUGGUGGGUUGUCUCAGGCUGGUGUCAAUGGGAGUGGAGAGGGCCGAGUGGAAGCUGUCUUCAGGUGUGGUGUCUCCUGAACUUCUAGCUUCAGAGCUUGUCACAGUUAGACCAAGAGUGGCAAUGCUGGACUCGGCUACUUGACCAGUCAGCUCUUCAUUCUCGGUUGAAGACUCUGCCGCCCACGGUCCAGCUGUCCCGCCCACUUUGUCCUCCUCAGAGAACCCGCCCACUUCUCGGUCAGAUGGAGGAUCCGGAGUUGGCAGUUUGAUGUAGGGAGAUGAGAUAGAGGUCACAGGGUCACUGGUAGUGAGAGGGAGAGCCACUCCACUGCCAUCCUCAACAGCUGCAAUGUGCUCUGAUGUCUCAAUUGACCCACCCUUUUCUG